AAACUUCUCUAAGAAAUCAUGAUGAAAAUGAAAGUAACACAAAAAUUGUGAACAUUGUUCACGAUCAAGAAAAGAUUUCAUUGAAAAACUCUGUGCAAAAAAUGCCUGAAAGACUUAAUGAGGAUGUUUCUCAGAGAGAAUCAGAUUCAGGCUUAGUAACUGAAAUUGUACGAGACUUAUUACAAGGAUUUUUGGUAGAUGAUUUCCAGAGGGAAUUUAUUAAUACCAAAUUUAUUAAUAGAGAACAUUCUAAUUCUUCACCUGUCACAAAAGAGCUUGCCUGUUUAUUUUAUCAAACGAGUAUAGUAAGGAAAAAUUCGAUCAAAACUAAGCAGGAAGAGAUUUUAUCUUGGGGUCGCUACUCUGAAAGAUUCGAAGAUAAGGUUAUUAAGCUCAGAUCCAAGGAUAAAAAUCUUAAAGAUAAGAUAGCAAGGUCCCAGAUUUAUAAUGAAAUGAAACUAUACCUUUCAGGCAUUUCUGAUGAAUAUUUGCACAAGAUAACAAGUAAAGCAAGGAAGAUCAAUAAGCUAUUUGAAUAUGAUUACGAUCCUAUAGCUCUGAAAAAGAUUAAAGGUUGUGUUAUUUUUGACCUAUUUUUGAUCAACAAAGCAGGCACAAUUAAUUUACCAAAUUCAGAUAUGAGUUAUGGGAUUGUGGGAAGUGAAGCGAGCGU